AUGACUUCAGAAGGCCAGACCAGCACCUACACCAGAACGCCGCCGGCACCAAGCAAGCAGUGUCAUCUUCUCGAGUUGCCUGCCGAGCUCCGCAACCGCAUCUACGAGCUGGUAGUGGCAGACCAUACUUCGAUCCACCAGCCAAACCUCAUGCGAACCUGCCGCCAAACCAGAGGCGAAGCUCUCAGCUUGUUCUACUCGACGCACAUAUUCCACUUCAGCUUCGAAUUUGACGAUGUUCUGCCUGCUUCCCUGGUAGGGUGGACCAACUCGAUCGGCAAGGAACGGGCAGACUUGGUCAACAAAGUGUUCUUCGAUAUUUGGGUUCGCAAUGCCCUAUGGACACGAUGUCUCUUCACAUUGCGGUGCACUCGAAUCACCGAUGCGACUGGAAUCCCAGGACAGGCUUGGAGAGCUCCCACUGGAGGUCUAGACGCGCCAAUGGGGUGGACUUGCUACAAGUUCGCAUCGUGGAAGGAUCUAGACAAGGUGUUCCAGUACGAUAGCCCGGUUGAGGACUUCCGAGGUCAUUGGUGA